GAUUUAAUUUCUCUAUCAACCAUCGAUCAAAGUAAAAUAAAUCUCAAUUCAAUCACAACAACAACAAUGGCUGGAAAUGUUUCAAAGAAGCGUAAGGUGGAGGAUGGAAUGAAAGGAAAAACCGGUAGACCUUCCAAGAAAUUCAAGAAACAAACAUACUACGAAUCCUCAUCCGACGAAGAAGAAUCCGCAACAACCCAAGAUUUUCAAGCAGUCAAUUUACAAGAUUCAGACGAAGAGGAGGGCGGACCCAACGAUGCAAUCACAGGCAGUUUAUCAGAUGAGGAUGAUGAGCCAGAUCUCAAUGCCGCAGAUAACGAGUUGGAAGAAGAAGUCACCGAUGCCUCAAACUCCGAUUCAGAAAAUUCAGAUGACGGUUCGGACACAAAUUCAAAUCCAAAUUUAAUAAAGGCAAGAAAGCGCAAUGAUCCAGAGGCAUUUGCUACAUCUAUGUCCAAGAUUUUGGGAUCCAAGUUAUCGGCGAGUAAAAGAUCUGAUCCGGUUUUGUCGAGAAGUCAGACGGCAAUAGAAGCUAGCAAGGAAAUGACGGAUUUGGCUUUGGAAAAGAAGGCAAAGCAUAAGAUGAGAGAGGAGAAAAAGGCUGCAAUGGAAAAGGGAAGAGUCAAGGAUGUUUUAGGUGCUAGUACGGCAUUUGAUGCGAGCAAUGGUUAUGGAAAUGGAGAAAAUGUACCAAGUGUACAGGCAACAAUGGAAUUGGAAAAGCGACUGAGGAAAACUGCCCAAAGAGGUGUUGUCAAGCUCUUCAAUGCUGUUAGAGCAGCCCAAGUUAAAGGCGAGGAGGCGGCCAAGGAAGCGAGACAAAAAGGAGUUGUGGGACAAGGAAGGAGAGAGGAGAAAAUAAACGAGAUGAGUAAGAAAGGAUUUUUGGAUUUGAUUGCAGGUGGAGGUGGAUUGAGGAAAGGAGAGAUCGAGGAGGCUUGAAAAAGGAUGGAAUAUGUUCUGAUUACGUUUGGCAUGGUACGGCGUUAGAGGUGGGAUUUACCCCUCAUGAGGGUUUCGUUAAAGCAAAGUACCUAAGUAUCCACCAACUCCUUGUCCAUCAUUGAUAUGGAGUAUAUGUACAAAGGACAGAUACCCUUUUUAAUAUGUCCAACCUACAACCCA